AUGAUGGACACUAAGAAAGACAUGCUCUCCGCGACGCAUGUGGAGGACUCCUUCGACAAAGAUGGCCUCCAAGAGCCCGGUGCAGCUCCUCCAGCCGCUCCGGCCUUGUCACUGAAGCAGACAUUCCGUUGCUACUGGAAAGCCGUCGCCUGGUCCGUCUGCCUCUCGAACGCUACCAUCAUGGAGUCGUACGACCUCCUUCUCAUCAACUCAUUCUACGCGUUCCCCCAGUUUCAGCAGAAGUACGGUGUUCAACUCCCGAACGGGAGCUACUCCGUCCCGGCGCGCUGGCAGAUCGGCUUGUCGAUGGCCAACCUGGUGGGCAUGAUCAUCGGUGUGUUUGCCAACGGCUACUGUGCAGACCGAUGGGGUCUUCGAAAAGUCAUGAUGGGCUCGCAUGCCGCCUUGAUUGGGUUUAUCUUCAUCACGUUCUUCGCACCCUCUGUAGAGGUUUUGACAGUUGGCAUGCUUCUGCUGUCUCUCCCGUGUGGCUUUUUUGCUGCAGCAACCCCGUCCUACGCCGCCGAAGUCAGUCCCCCUCAACUGAGUGGCUAUCUGACCGUCUAUGUCAACCUAUGUUGGGUCAUGGGAAAGAUCUUGGCCUUUGGUGUUCUGUCUGGCACACUCAGCAUAGAAGGCGAAUGGUCAUACCGAAUCCCCUUCGCGCUUCAAUGGAUAUGGCCCCUGCCUCUCAUGGUCGCAACAUACUUCGCGCCGGAGUCUCCGUGGUGGCUCGCAAGAAAGGGACGUCUCGAGGACGCGGAGAAGAGUCUUCGGAGACUUGUAUCUGCACCAGUAGACGUAAUCGAUCCCAAGGACACGCUGACUACGAUCACCCGCACCAUCGAAGCGGAGCGUCUGAUGAAGAUCCAGGGAUCGUAUCUUGACUGCUUCAAGGGCGACAGUCUGCGCCGAACUGAGAUCGCGAUGGUCAGCUGGGGAUGUCAAAUUCUGCCAGGCUUUGCCAUUCAAAACUACAUCACCUACUUCUUCACCCUUGCAGGGCUGGACUCGUCCGAUUCUUUUAACUUGUCUAUUGGCAAUGCUAGUUUGGCAUUUGUUGGAACCGUAUCAUCUUGGGUUUUGAUGACCAAAUUCGGAUGGCGCACCAUGUACUUGUGCGGUCUCAUCGCCAUGUUUCCCGUCAUGUCUCUCGUCGGGUUUCUCGACUUCGCGACAAGCACCUCUGCCGGCAACAACGUUAGAUGGGCGCAGUGCGCCAUGCUUCUGGUGUGGUUCUUCAUCUAUGGUGCCAGCAUCGGGCCAGUCCCCUACGGAAUCGCCGCCAACGUGGGCGCGAGUAACGUGAGGGUGAAGACGAUUUCUCUUGGCCGAAACACCUACUACUUUCUUUCCAUCAUCAACACCAUAGUCUCGCCAUAUCUCUUGAACCCGCAAGAAGGGAACCUGAAGGGCAAAGCGGCUUUCCCGGCUGUGGCUUUCACGCUGUUGAUGAUCGUUUGGGCAUUCUUCCGGUUACCAGAAAUCAAGGGCAUGUCACCAGACACUCUUAACAAGCUGUUUGAGAAGAAGGUACCCGCUAGAAAGUUCUUGGAAGCUUCGAAACAAUAUCAAUAG